GAAUAAAGAAAAACGAAAAAGAAAGGGGAAAAUGGCAUCUUCUACCUCAUCCUCUGCCCCUCUCCUGCUCCAUGGCCUCGCUUCCUCCUCUCCCUCGAAGGCGCAAGCUUUCUUCGCUCUCCCCGUCACCCCUUCCCCGUUCUCGGCUUCCACCUCCAUCUGCGCCUCCUCGCCACAGCUGCCCCUUCCCCAGGCUGCUCGUGCCGCCGCCAGCCGAGGGGAGCAGGACAACCAUGUGCAGGAGCUGAGGGUGCCCGAUUCCUGGCUCACGCCUGCAGGAGCAGCGCAGGAAUCCGAAUGGCUUAGAGUGACACUGCACAAGUGGCUCGACGACGAGUACUGCCCCGAGCCAGCCAAUGUGGACAUCAGCAACACCGCCGCGAGAUCGUACCAUGAGUCCCUGACGACGAAACAGUCUGAUCUGGGGGAGAUCCUGCUGAAGAUGGUCGGAGAUUUGCAGGAACUGUCGUACCAGGAGAGCUUCCACGGGGCGUUCUCGGCUGCCAAUGCUGCGGUUCGGUUGAUAACACAGAGGAUGGAUUCAUCAUCUGGUGAGUGAUCACUGAAAGACAAUGCAAUGCUCUGAACCGAAGCUUGUUUUAGUCAAUUGGGAUGCGGGUGCUCGGAUCUGAUUGGCCCUAGCAUACACAUCAUCGUGCUUAGUGGACCGAGGUUCGGAUCUGAUUGGCCCUAGCAUACACAUCAUCGUGCUUAGUGGACCGAGGUUGAUCCGACGUACGUUCAUGGGUGCGCAAUCUGCUUGCUUUGUGAAAUGGAAUGGUGUAAUUCUGAUAUUGUAAGUAUACCUGCCAAGGACAAACUGACCCAAAAUGAGUUUGUUAAUUACCUGACGUUGUCUGUUUGUGAAACUGAAUGCUAAGCAGUAGUGUAUACCAACCUGAAUCCAAGCCACAGAGUGCUUAUCCUGAUGACACUGAGAAGUGAAAACAACCUGGAAA